UACAGACUAAUAGUUACUACCAUAAUAUGGAGGGGAAAUUGUAAACAAUAUUUUUUGAUAUAUUAAGAAAAACAGUAUGAAAUAUAACAUAGUCUGAAUGUACACUAAGCAUAAUUAGACGUUCGUGAAAAGUCGAUUUCUUUGAAGCAGUUUCAGUUCGUAUUAACUGCAAAUGUUUCUUUGAUAAUGUUUUUCUACAAUCCAACUUGAAAAAGAUACUGUGAUAAAAUAUUUUACCAGCUAUACUAUUAUUUGUUAUAAUACCAACCGGAGUAUUUUAUCAUUCAAUGGAAAAACAAAAAUGGUUAUUUUUAACGUUAUUAUUGACCUACGCGUUAGCCGAACAUGGCAAAAAGUCUUCUAAUAGAAAACAAAUCGAAAAUUCAGAAGAAUCUACAGAAUCAAAGCCACCAGAAAAACGGGGCUUAGAAAAUGUACUCGGAUAUGGCCGAGGAACUAAUUCACACUCUUCGCCGGAAAGUUCAGACUACUCAGGGUUUCCAUUUGGAAAUAACAAUGGUCGAGAUGGAAACGAAGGGGAUAGUGAACAGCUAUCGGCUAAUAAUGAAAAUCACAAUAAUGGUAACGGUUUUAGUCACUUUUAUUUCGAAAGGGGCGUCCAAGAUAACGGAGGCAAUGUACAAGGAUCCAAUACAGCAGGAUCAAACGACCAUCAUAAUGCGAUAGGGGGAAGAAAUGCUAACAGUCAUGGUUGGAUGGCUAGUUUCUUUAAACAUGAAGGAAACCCUGAUAUUUCUGGUAGAGGGCACUUUUUCAGUCCAGGUAAUGGCGGCGAUGAUCAACAUGGCUUUUCUGGUUCACAACAAGCAUUCCAAGGGUACGAAAGUGGCGGAAACGUCGAUGGACACGAAUCAAACAGCAAUGACGGUUUUAGAAGCAACAUCGGCGGUUACGGUGGUGGUUUUGGUAGUGGUGGACAUGGAGGAGGUGGACACGGUGGUGGAGGCGGACACGGAGGAGGCGGAGGAGGAGGACAUGGAGGAGGUGGAUUUGGAGGAGGCGGUGGAUAUGGUGGAGGUGGUCAUGGCUUUGGGUACGGAGGACACGUCAAGACAGUGUAUGUGACAAAAGAGGUACCAGUUCCGUAUCCAGUUCACGUGGAAAAAAAAGUUCUAUAUCCCGUCCGAAUACCGUACGAAAAGCCCGUUCCGUAUCCGGUCCAUAGACCAUAUCCAGUACACAUUGAAAAGCAAGUGCCCUACCCAGUCAGAGUGCACGUGCCACAACCAUAUCCGGUAACGGUGGAAAAACACGUACCGUUUCCGGUAAAAGUGCACGUGGAGAAGCCUGUAGCGGUACACAUACCGAAACCUUAUCCUGUAUACAUCGAAAAAAAAGUACCAGUAGCCGUGGACCACCCUGUCCCGUAUCCCGUGAAAAUACCCAUAGACCGUCCUGUUCCUAUACAUAUACCAGUAGAUAAGCCGAUUCCAUAUCCGGUGGAAAGAAAAAUACCAUAUCCAGUCAAAAUACCCGUGGACAGACCGUAUCCGGUCCACGUACCCAAACCAUAUCCCUUGCAUGUUGACAGACCAGUGCCUUAUGCUGUUAAAGUUCCAGUCAAAGUACCAGUCAAGGUGCCCGUUCCAUAUCCAGUAGAAGUCAAAGUUCCCGUUCACAUACCGGUUCACACACAAUCACAUAACGGUUAUGGUAACCACCAUCAACAACAACAACAACAACAACAACAACAGCAGCAAACACACCAUGACUCGUACCGGCAAGGUGGGCUACCAAAUCAAGAGAGCUCAUCAGACACUACGGGAUAUGGUACAGCGUUCGUAAACAAUUACGAUAAUGGUUUUACCUCGUUCGGCAGUGGCCAAGAUCAAGGAACGCCAGACGCCUACGGUGGUAACGAAGACUACGGAUCUUCACAUGGAUGAUCCAUGUUCAAUUUACCUAUUUUCAUACCAUAGUAAGUGACAUUUGCUGCCAUUUUAUUGAGCUCGUUGCGUUUGAAGCAAUCAAGCAUAUUAUUUUAGACUUGUAUAACAAUAAUAAUAAAAAACAAUAAAAAUAAUAUUUGUACA